AUGGAUAGUGACACGCACCUCGGCGAUUAUUUCCGAAUUAUCCUCCGGAGGCAUGCCUACUAUCGACAAGGAGGCGACACGAUCGACAUGACCAUGUAUAUGCCCCCGAUCGUCUUCGACCGCAAUGCACACCAUGUACCUAUUAUGGUUCGCGUCGCUGACCUCAUGUGGUGCGGAGCAGGCUUGUCGUGCUUCCAAUACAAGCCCCGCAGACAUGGCAUCGCCUUCCCAACUGCAGUCUACACGCUUCCGCUUCCGCUUGUCCAUCUGGUUGCGGGCUGGGAUACCGAUGCCGGCGCUAUCGGAGAAGACAUGCAUAUGAUGCUCAAGUGCUUCUUUGUCACCAAUGGGAGAAUGACGAUCGAGUCCGUUCCCAGUCCUGCGAGCCAAUGCACUAUCAGCAGCACCAAGUUUGGGAUACGAGGAUGGGUCGAUAGCCAUCGUGCAAGAUAUGUCCAAGGCUUACGCCACAUGUGGGGUUGCCUUGACGCUGGGUAUACAGCUGACCACUUCUUUAAGCUAGGAAGUAGGUCCCCACCAUCGUCAGGCUUGGGCGAGCUCUCUCAGAAUUUGAAACUGGAACUCAAGCAAUCGCACUAUCAAAUGCACGGCGACCAGGGUUACGUGCUGACUUGGAGAAAUGUUGUGCUCGCUACUCGCGUCUUCGAAGCACACUUUUUGCCCAUGCACCUCUUUCUCGUUACAAUAUUUUCCACAAUUUUCACGACGCUCCCAGCGUCUCUUGUGCGCUCUGGGUCACUCACCGUCUUCCUGGAUUUUACAGCUUAUCUGAGGGCUAUGGGAUUUUGUCUCAUGCUGAUCUACUUCUUCUUCUUUUAUGAAGGUUAUCAUCACGUGUGCGUUGAAGCUCGCGAAGCCGAGAUGAAAGAAGCGGGUCUUUACGAAGAGAUGGAAGAAAGCUUUUCCAAGCGAAAUAAGAACGAAAUUCGCACCUGGGCGAGAUUACUUGGUGUUCCCUAUUGCGGGUAUCGUGUUUGGCAGCACACCGCUGAUGCACGCAGCAUUUGCACACUUCUGGUCGGAUCGAUUGGACUACAAAGUCAGCACCAAACCGGUCCGACUAGCUAA